AUGCUCUUCACUGAGCAGGCAGCGGUUGGGGACAAGCUCGGUGUCCAAGGCCGCUGGCAACAACAGUUCAGCCAGAUGGUGUCCACAAUUCUCCGAGACCAGCUCACCAGGCUCGAGCUAGACAGUUUCAACUCCUUGGCCAAGCCUGAUAGUUAUCGAGAAGUCCCAGGCAUCGCAGGGAUUAAUGUGUUCGGCCAGCUGCAGUGUGUUGUGGAGUUGAAGACGCAUUGGACACAUCCACAACGAAGAUCAGGCCAAAUUGUGGAGUACAUGUUCGACCCUCGACUCGAGCAUGGCAUAAUGUCGACAUACGAUGAGGCAAUCUUUCUCCGACAAGUCCCCCGUUCAUCCUGGCCUACGAGGUUAGGCAGAUGUCACAACGUUGCACGGGUAAAGCCACCCGCUGGAAUCACAGACUGUCCCAGGGCGGGAGAAAGCGCUACACCGGCGGGAGCAUGGAGACUGAAGCACAGGCCGAUCAUUAGCGACAAUCAAGCCAUAGCCCCAGGGGUGAUGUCUGUCCGGCAAGCGAUCUGGCACAUUGGCCAUGAAGUCCAGAUUGGUUAUGUGGCCAACAACAACAUGCCCAAGGACAAUUGGAUCAGAGGGUUCGUGUCGAACGAAGAAUUGGAUGAGAGCCGCAGUCGUCAAUGA